UAUGAUACGAAUACGCAUUUUCUAUAAAUUCUGCGUGAGUGUAAAUUUUUGCCGAACGACGAGCACUAGAAAGUGUUCAAUAUUUCGCAAAUUCUCAUAAAUAUUCUGCCCAUUCUAAAUAAGAAUUGGUUUAUCAUGUUCCGCGAAUAAGUGAUUUCAUCGAGCUGCAUAUAUUUUAGCACAAAAUAAAAAUCAAUACUUUGAGCAAAUAACAGAAGCGUAAACCAUUGAAUCGAAAAUGUCGGCCGAAUCAGCAGUAUACGAAGCAUUGAUGUACGCUUGCAGUCAGGAUGCACAAUUGCUCAAACCGGCAGAGCAGAAGCUUGCGGAAUGGGAAAUUCAACCAGGUUUCCAUUUGACGUUGGUUAAGCUGUUUUCAGACCAAUCAAUCGAUGCUAAUGUGCGUUGGAUGGCCUCUUUAUAUUUCAAAAAUGGGGUACUCAAAUAUUGGAGGAAGAACGCACCAAAUGCAAUCGCACCAGAAGAAAGAGAAGAGAUAAAGAAAAUUCUGUUACUGCGGUUUAAUGAGCCGGUACAACAGAUUGCAAUUCAGAUUUCGGUACUCAUCGGAAACAUUGCUCGAUUUGAUUGUCCACAAGAAUGGGUGGAGCUAGUGCCAACGCUGGUUGAGGUAGUCCAAAGUAAUGACUUGUUAGUACAGCAUCGUGGGCUGCUCAUACUACUUCAUGUAGUAAAAGUACUUUCAUCGAAACGGCUCCAACGCGACAGGAAUCACUUCGAGGAUCUGACAACAAAACUCUAUGAUUUUAUCCUAAAUCUGUGGGAUGGAUUCACACAACUUUUCUACACUAAUAUUCGAGAGCGAGCAUCAUUGGAAUUGUGUACUUCUAAUUUGGAGAAAGCAAUAAUAUCUUUGCGAAUUCUUAAGAAACUCACCAUUUAUGGUGUAUAUGGGCCGCACCUUUCCCCAAAAUGCAUGAUGUUCAUACGCGUGGUAUUCCAACGAUUGAAGGAGCUACUAGACUGCCGAUUGCAAGUUAAGCAAAUCGAAAAACAACAGAUAGCCGGUUGUAAACUGAGUGGACAGAUGGAAAAGUUCACAAUCAAACACAUGAAGUUCCUUAACUUGUUCUUCGAAACACAUCCAGCUUCGUUCGUCGAGUUCAUUCCAGCGGCCUUUGAGUUUUCAUUCAACUACGUUUUUCACGAGGGAACGAAUCUCAUAUUCGAAGACAAUGUGAUUACAUUCCCUAAUUUUGCAAUACAAUGUUUAAAUUUGAUUAAAGGUAUUCUCUCGCAUAACCUGAUACAUGUAGAUAGCGAUAGAGAACAAAUCAUCAACAAGGCGAAAAAUGAAUUCUUCACACCAGAGCGAUUAAGUUAUAUUUUUGAGAAGAUUAUUAUGCACUACUUUUUACUAACAUCCGAAGAGUUUGAACUAUGGGAUAGUGACCCCGAAAGCUACGUGUUAGAUGAAGGUGGCGAUUCAUGGAAGUACAACCUGAGGUGUUGUACAGAAGCAUUCUACAUGAUACUGUUCCAGAAAUACAGUCCAAUGUUGAUAAUCGAGUUACAGAAGUUUAUAUCGAAAUCACAAUCGUUAGCAUUGACAGAAUCUUCGGAUAUCACGGAUUUGUUGAUAAAGGAUUCAAUUUACAAUGCUACGGGACUGGCGGUAUUCAACUUAUUUGAUGAGAUUAAUUUUGACGAAUGGUUCACUCAGCAACUGCUCGAGGAACUAAAGUUCAAAACACACAACUUCCGAAUAAUUCGUAAGCGUAUCAUUUGGCUGAUCGGACGAUGGACAGGAGUUAGGUUUUCUAAAUCCCUACGCCCAGAAGUAUAUCGUGCUUGUCUCGAGUUACUACACCCUUCCGAAGAUUUGGCAGUGCGUCUCACCGCAUCUAAAACUCUGAAGAAUAUCAUGGACGAUUUUGAGUUUGAUGCUGAGCAGUUCCUAGAAUUUUUGGAACCAGUUAUCACUCUUUUGUUCUCUCUACUGAAGGAAGCUAACGAAUGUGAUACGAAAAUGACGGUGCUUUAUGUUAUGUCUUUCAUAAUCGAGAAAAUGUCAAUGGCGAUCAAACUGGAGGUGGAGAAUCUGGUCCAAUAUCUUCCCCUGUUGUGGGAGGAGAGUCGAGAGCAUGAUAUGCUGCGGUGUGCCAUUAUUUCAACCUUGUUACAAACCAUAAAGGCUUUGUACGAAAUUCCUGCUGGUGAGCCGGUGGUUGCAUUCAUCUAUCAAAUCAUUGAGUUGAGUACAAACGUAAAUGAACCGUCCCACGUUUAUUUACUCGACGAGGGUUUGGAGCUUUGGCUUAUUGUGGUGCAGUAUAGUAAGACUAUGAAUCAUGAUCUCCUGAGGCUCUGUGACAAUCUGCUACCCCUUAUCGAACAAUCCUCCAGCAAUCUGCGAACGUGUCUAGCGAUCACACAAACCUACAUCUUCCUGUGUCCAGAAAUAUUCCUACCAAGGCACGGAAAGGACAUCAUUAAAACGUGUCAUUAUAUUCUGUCAGAUCUGCGAGCAGAAGGCGUCAUCGUAAUCUACCGGCUAUUUCUUACCGUUUUACGUGCUGCACCAAAGUAUUCGAUUGAGCUGCUUAGGCCAUAUCUGGUUGAAAUAUUCAAAAAAUACUACGACCAUGAAGCAUAUCUGCAGAUCAACCAAAUUUAUCUGCAAAUGAUCGCACGAGUGCUCAUUCUGGAUCAAGUUACUUUCAGUAUGGUUCUCACCGAAUUGGCCAUUCCAGAUGCUCUGGAAAAAAUAAUAACGACGUGGAUAAAUGAAAUGCCCGCGGUUGCAAGGAGCAACGAAAAGAAACUGCUUGCACUGGCGCUAACUAGUCUGAUUACCGUGUCUAAUGAUGUUAUCUUUGAAAACUUCAGUGGCAUCUUGACUAAUUUGAGUGAAACGCUCAAUGACAUCACCAACGAUGACGAACAAAGUGGGUCCAAAGUAGAUUCUCUGAUAUUGACUGAUGACAAUGAAGAGGAAAUAGGCAUGAUGAUGUUCGGUUAUGGUUUUAUUGACACGGAAAAUAUGCAAAACGAAACACCUCAUUACGAUCGUUGUAGGGCGGUUUGUUUACAGGACCCAACACAUGUGAUAGUAUUGAAAGAUUAUCUCCAGAGUCAGCUGAUUACGUUAAAGUCUAAUAUCGGCGCCGAACGAUACCAAUCGUUAUUAUCACGGAUCGACCUACAGAUCCUGAAAGAACUGAGUGAUUUUGUUACACUGGGCAUCCAACUGCCUGUGCAGGAUUUGCAGUAGAAAUGGACACUGACAAAUAUUUGGAGGCCUUUUUAUAAAAAUCAGUACUUUUAUUUAAAGUUUCUCGAAAUUUUCUUUGGUUUUCUGUGGUUUUUGGAAAACUUCAAUAAAUUUUACAAUGAAAUUGGCAAAAAUGAUAUGAACUCGAUACGCUUCCGAAUUGUGUUAGUCAGUAGAUUUACGAAAUUGUACAAUACAUGUCACAAUUACAAUGUACCUAACUGUUCUUAUAUUCUGUUAGCAGGGCAUGUUGAAACCCUAUUCUAGGUACUUGAAACGUGUUGGAGACAGGCAUGUUACUGCAUUGAUUCAUCCAUUCUGUAUGUAUCUGAUUUGAUGAUUAUCACUCUCAUAAAACAUCCAACAGAAUACUGUAUUACUCAGCAGUCUAUCCAAACAGAUGUAAAUACAAGUUUUA